AUGAAUAAUAAUCCAUAUCAUAAUUAUGAUCAUGGUAUUGCAGUUAUGUAAGCUGUAAACUGCUUUGUCAAAUAAUUAUUAUAACACUUAGGAGAACACUUAUUCAAUAACACAACUAGAUUUUGUUUAUUGCUUUCUGGACUUUGUCAUGAUGUAGCUCAUACUGGUAAAACAAAUGCGUAUGAAGCUAAUUCAUUAAGUACUUUGGCUAUCAGAUAUCAUGAUAGAGUGGUAAUUAUAUGUAUUAAUAUGUUAGGUAUUGGAAUAGCAUCAUGCAGCAACAACUGUUAAGAUUCUUAGAGAUUCUUCAACAAAUAUCUUAUGCAAUUUUUCAGAUCAAGAUUUUCGAUCAUUUAGAAAAUAAUUGAUAUCUAAUAUUCUAGCUACAGAUAUGUAAGAACAUUUUAAGAUGCUGAAAGAACUUGAAUCUAGGAUUGAAUAGUAUGGAAAUGAUCCAGAAGACUUAUCUUUGCUUUGUGGAAUGAUCACACAUACCGCAGAUUUCAAUGGUACUGCUAGAAAGUGGCCUUAGAGUUAAUUAUGGAGUGAGAAGAUUAAUUAAGAAUACAGAGCUUAAUAUGAGGAUGAAGGAAAGAAGGGAUAUCCUCAAUAACCAUUUAUGAAGGAUUUAGACAAAGUAUAAAUUAUUCUAAAAAUUUUUUAGUUGCAUGUUAUGUCAAAGAAUGAAAUGGGAUUUAUAAAGGUGAUUGUGAGACCAUUAUAUUAUCAAAUGAAUGUAUUUGGGAAGGGAGCAUUUUAAAUUUGUGUAAAUAAUUUAGAUGAAACCAUUUUGGAAUGGGACAAAUUGUACUAAAAAGAGAUUUAAGAAUUCGAACAAUAAGAAUAACAAAAAAAGCAAGAGUCUAAAUGA